AUGGGUGACGCAGCCAAGAACUCCUUGGCAUUGUUCACGCCGUUGCUACAGAAUCAAUACAGCCCCUCCUAUUACUACGUCGGGGUGGAGAGCAUCAGUGUUGGCGAUCAGCUCGUCUCAAUUCCUGCCUCGGCCUUUCAGAUCAACGUCAAAGGCACAGGGGGUGUUUACUUACACUCGGGGACCACAAUCACACAUUUGCAACUCGCAGCCUUCACUGCAAUCCUGGAAGAACUGUCCAUGGGUCCUUCUGAAUACGAUAAUGAUGAUUUCACGCACGAUUCCGGCGUGAACCUGUGGAUGUUUGUAAACGAAACGAAGCUGACCUAUUGCCUUGCAAUGGACUCAAGCAAUGACUUCUCUGUCAUCGACAACUUUCAGCAGCAAAACAACCUCAUUGUGACUGAUGUGGCGAACACCCAAGUUGGCUUUCUAGCUACCGAUUGCAGCACCUUUUAA